ACUCGGCAUGGACAAGACUCUGAAUUUUUCUUUGUUGACGCCUUGUUCAAUUAUUGGAGCCCUCUGACAUUAUCCGAUACUGCAGAGCGUCCACUCAUCGAGCUGAGCUGAGUCCACCAUCGAAGGCUACAUUUGCAAUACGGUAGGGGUGCGCUCCUAGCCACUAGUAUAGAUAUGAAAUUUAUUAAGCGCAAUGGUAAACACGUCGCUCUCCCGGUAGGGCUGCUUGCUCGAGUAGCCGUCUUCCUUUCAAAGGACGACCAAGACAACCUGGCCGCGAUCGAUACUCGUAUUCGAUCGUUUCUCAAACGGCAGCGAGAAAACGAGGAAAAAUCUGCAAAGUGCACUGAUCCGAGCCAAAAGCGCCUCACUUUUAUCGUGGCGGACGCUGAGACUUUGCUAGCUAGGUUGAACACAAAGAUCCUAUGCCGACGUCUUGCUGCAAGCAACAGGAAUGGCUCAAACAAUGAAGCUGUAUAUGCAGUCAACAAAACAACAUUUGAACUUGCGAUCGAAGAGUGGAGGGCAUUGGUGGCAGCAAGCGGAUCCAAGUCUAACAAUCAAACAGCACUGCCCGACCCGUCUUUGCAACUCCUUCUCUUUUCUCCGUGUCCAAGACCGGUCACUGUCUUGGCCUCGUAUCCUCGAUCAGGCAACAGCUUGCUGCGUAAUCUGUUUGAACGAGUUACUCUACGAGUCACUGGUAGCGAUAUGCGAGGAGGUCUAUCGCAGCAUGAUUUGGUCGGCGAGGCUGCUGUCUCUGCACAAUGUGUUCAGUUUGUCAAGACCCAUUAUCCAGAGAGAGUCGGCAAUCCCGUCUUUCCAGCGUCCAGAGCUGUGUUGCUGGUCCGAAAUCCAUACGACGCCUUGGAAAGCUAUUUCAACUUAAUGAUGACCAAUACUCAUACUACGUCGCUCACGGAAGAUCAAAGGCGGGAAAGCAAGAUGAUCUUCGAGGGCAUGGUGGUCAAAGAGGCUUACGUCUGGCGCAUGUUUCAUCAAUAUUGGCUACAUUUGCGACAGCAAAUGCCCGUGCUAUUGAUACGGUAUGAGGAUCUGCUCCGCUUUCCCCAGCAGGUGCUAGAGAGGGUGGUGCAAUUCGUGUUGGAAGUCAACAACAUGUCAUUUUUCAGAACUCGAAUCAAGCAAACGGUCCAAGUACAAGAAGGCCAAAGCGUUGUUGGUGCCUACAAACCAAGGUCCGGUGGAAUUGGAAAGUCGCUACAAAGGUAUCCACCACACUUGCUGAAAAAAGUCAAUUCCAUCGUUGGUGACCUGAUGCAUCAGCUGGGAUAUGGAGAGAUGCUGCAGCAACCUGAUCCAAGCUUGUGGAAGCUGGAGUGCAUUCCAAAUUAUGGCUUCGAGUUUAACUUGCCGGCUACGGCCAACAACGGUACUACCAAGAAAGUAAUGAUCAACGACGGAACAACAAUUCGCGGGCCCAAACUAAGGACCAACUUUGCGGGUGCGCGAAAGCAGAUCAUGAAUCGAUCGGAUCCAUGUGAGAAGGAAAACAAUAGCGCAGCUGGACAACAACAACUUCGAGAUCAGAAAUCAUCAUGAUGCUGGCAUGAGUCGCUUCGGAUAAGCGAGGACAAUCCUGAAGUUAAAAGUGAAUUCGCACGGACAUUCCUGCGCCAAGGUGCUUUCUGUCCGGUCGCUUCCAGCCCUGAGAUAUACCGUAGAGCACUGCGGGGAUAACAUUGCAUCAUGGAGUCACUCUAUAUACCUUUUAACUAUAACCACAUACAACAUGACUGCUCGAGUUUGUCUGGCC